GCAAUGACCCCAAGUAAAAGAACAGUGAGUGUGCAUCCAUCCCCUCUAAAGCUCUCCCUCUCUCUCUCCUCUCUUUCUCUUUCUAAAAAAAGUUUAAUCUUCUGGAAAUGAAAAAAAAGGAAUGUCGAUCUGAUUCCAAUUCAGUUUCAGAAAAAUAAAUGAAUUCUUAAUCCAUUAGAUAGAGAGUGAAACCGAUUUAGAGAGAGAGAGACAGAUAGAGAUAUAGGGGAGUGAAAUUUAGAGAGAGAGAUGGGUGGAGUGACUUCAUCUAUGGCGGCGAAGUUCGCCUUCUUUCCGCCGAACCCACCGUCGUACAAGCUGGUGACGGACGAGCACACUGGUCUGUUGCUUCUCAGUCCAUUUCCUCACCGUGAAAACGUCGAAGUCUUGAAAUUGCCCACUCGCAGAGGGACGGAGAUUGUGGCAGUCUACAUUCGACACCCCAUGGCCACCUCUACCCUACUCUACUCUCAUGGUAACGCCGCCGAUCUGGGUCAGAUGUACGAGCUUUUCAUCGAAUUGAGCAUACACUUGAAAGUUAAUCUCAUGGGGUAUGACUAUUCCGGGUAUGGGCAAUCAUCUGGGAAGCCAAGUGAGCAGAAUACGUAUGCAGAUAUUGAAGCUGCAUAUAAGUGUCUUGAGGAGAGCUAUGGUACUAAGCAGGAAGAUAUCAUCCUUUAUGGUCAAUCUGUAGGAAGUGGCCCCACUUUGGAUCUUGCAGCUCGGCUGCCUCAGCUGAGAGCCGUUGUUCUGCAUAGUCCUAUACUCUCAGGCUUAAGAGUCAUGUAUCCUGUGAGACGAUCAUACUGGUUUGACAUCUAUAAGAACAUUGACAAAAUCCCAUUGGUCAGAUGUCCUGUACUAAUUAUCCAUGGAACUGCGGAUGAAGUGGUUGAUUGUUCUCAUGGUAAGCAACUAUGGGAACUGUGUAAAGAGAAGUAUGAACCACUGUGGCUCAAAGGAGGAAACCACUGUGAUUUAGAGUUAUAUCCAGAGUAUAUCAGGCAUCUGAAGAAGUUCAUAUCAACUGUGGAAAAAUCACCCUCCCAGAGGCACACUUCUAGGAGAAGCAUAGACCAGUUUGAGCAGCCUAGGCGGAGUACUGAUGUUUUUGAUGCGUCAAGGAAGAGCACUGACCGGGGAGAGAAACCAAGGCAGAGCACUGAUAGGCCUGAAAAAUUGAAAAAUCUGUCCAAUAAUGCUGAAAAGCUAGAAAAGCUUAGAAUCUCUUUUGACCAAAUGGAGAGGUCUCGGAGAAGUGUAGAUUGCAUUGAGAAAUCCCGGAAAAGCAUCGACCACCAACUAGAAAGAGCUCGAAAAAGCUUUGAUCACCAACUGGAAAGGGCUCGGAAGAGUGUUGAUCGUUUGGAUAGAAUAAGAACUGGGUAAUUUUUCUUACACCGAGUUGUAAAAUUCAUGCAUUGUUUUGUGUUGUGGGGAAAAUUGGUGCCUAUUUUUAUUUUUUUCCUUCUUAUUUAUGGGUUUUUGAGCUUUGUAGUUGGCUUGUGGAAGCUCUAUAAUAACUAUGGCAUGAAAUGAGAAAAAGUGUGGUGUCAUUAUAGGGUUAUCUAGGUUGUAUACCGGCUUCGUGACCCUUUGGAUUCUAGGUUGUUUGGUUCACAUCAUGUUAAACACCAAAAGUGUGAUUUUUUUCUUC